ACGAGGAGACAAGAGCGUAUCUUGGAAAAUCCUAAAAAUUCGAUUUUGUUUCUCUCAUUGUUACUUUAAAAAGCAUGGGACAAAUAAAAUAAACCCCCCUUGAAAUAAAUCUAUUACAACAACAAGAGCUGCUUUAUUAUUCAUGCAUUGUAUCAUGCCACAACCUGCAACUCCUACCCAGUUCAACAGGGUUUUCUAGCAUUGAUAUGAAGUGGGGAGCGCAGAAACGAGAAGAAGAAAAAUAACAAAGGGGGUCGGAGAGAGUUCGGUGCUGAUGGGUCUCAAGAUGCAGCAGGGCCACCACCACUCUGUGGCUGUGAGGUUGAAUGAGCAAAUGGGGACCAAAAGAGGUUACACAUUUAUUCAGGCCAACAGGGCUUGGCUCCCAAAGUUUCUGCUACUUUGGAUAAUGGUGAUGGCGUUCUUGAGCACGAUGAUCUACAAUGGGAUGGAUGCUGAUAAUAAAGUGAGAAGGAAGGACGUACUGGGAAGCAUGUGUGACCAGAGAGCUAGGAUGUUGCAAGAUCAAUUUAGUGUUAGCGUUAAUCAUGUGCACGCCCUCGCCAUCCUCGUAUCCACCUUCCAUUAUUACAAGAACCCUUCAGCAAUUGAUCAGGAAACUUUCGCCGAGUACACAGCUAGGACUGCUUUUGAGCGGCCAUUACUGAGUGGGGUAGCCUAUGCACAGAGAGUGGUUAAUUCAGAGAGAGGCAAUUUUGAAAGGAAACAUGGCUGGACAAUAAAGACAAUGGAGAGGGAGCCUUCGUCGGUGAGAGAUGAGUAUGCACCUGUGAUAUUCUCUCAGGAAAGCCUCUCUUACCUUGAAUCACUUGACAUGAUGUCAGGAGAGGAAGACAGAGAAAACAUUUUGAGGGCAAGGGCUACUGGGAAAGCCGUUUUGACAAGUCCCUUCAGGCUCCUGGGAUCUCAUCAUCUUGGUGUUGUGCUGACCUUCCCCGUUUACAAGUCCAAGCUCUCUUUGAGCCCAACAGUCCAAGAGCGAGUUGAAGCAACUGCUGGAUAUGUUGGUGGAGCCUUUGAUGUUGAGUCCCUUGUGGAGAAUUUACUUGGUCAACUUGCUGGAAAUCAGGCGUUUUUAGUGAAUGUGUACGAUGUCACAAACUCGUCUGAUCCCCUAAUCAUGUAUGGUCACCAAUAUCAAGAUGGUGACAUGUCUCUUUCUCAUGAGAGCAAGCUUGAUUUUGGAGAUCCUUUUAGGAAGCAUCAAAUGAUAUGCAGAUACCAUCAGAAGGCGCCCAUGUCAUGGACAGCACUCACCACUGCGUUCUUGUUCUUUGUGAUUGGUUUACUGGUAGGUUAUAUCUUAUAUGGUGCAGGAAUUCACAUUGUUAAAGUUGAGGAUGAUUUCCAUGAAAUGGAAGAACUAAAAGUUCGAGCAGAAGCUGCAGAUGUUGCAAAAUCCCAGUUUCUAGCUACUGUUUCUCAUGAAAUUAGAACACCCAUGAAUGGCAUCCUUGGAAUGCUUGCUCUGCUUCUAGAUACAGAAUUAAGCUCAACUCAGAGGGAUUAUGCUCAAACUGCGCAAGCCUGUGGGAAAGCAUUGAUAGCAUUAAUUAACGAGGUGCUAGACCGUGCAAAAAUUGAAGCUGGCAAAUUAGAGCUGGAAGCAGUCCCGUUUGACCUCAGAUCCAUUCUAGACGAUGUCCUCUCUUUAUUUUCUGAGAAGUCUAGACACAAGGGAAUUGAGCUGGCAGUGUUUGUUUCCGAUAAAGUUCCUGAAAUUGUAAUGGGUGAUCCAGGGAGGUUCAGACAGAUUAUUACAAAUCUUGUGGGCAACUCUGUUAAGUUCACCGAACGAGGACAUAUAUUUGUUAAGGUCCAUCAAGCUGAAAAUAUGAAGGCCAUGGUAAAUGGAAAAGCUGAGACUUGUAUGAAUGGUGGAUCAGACGGAGGUCUAUUUUUAUCUGGUGGACGUCAAUUUAAGACAUUAAGUGGUUGUGAAGCUGCUGAUGAGCGGAAUAGUUGGGAUACCUUUAAGCAUCUAAUUGCUGAUGAAGAAUUCCAUUCUGAUGCUUCACGGAAGAUGACUACAAAUGAAGCUUCUGAACAUGUCAUGCUGAUGGUAUGCGUGGAGGAUACAGGAAUUGGUAUUCCGCUGUGUGCCCAGGAUCGGGUUUUCACGCCCUUCAUGCAGGCAGAUAGCUCAACCUCUAGACAUUAUGGUGGAACUGGUAUAGGCUUGAGCAUCAGUAAGUGUUUGGUUGAGCUAAUGGGUGGUCAGAUAAAUUUCAUAAGCCGACCUCAGGUUGGCAGCACAUUUUCAUUCACUGCUGUUUUUGAGAGGUGUAGGAAAAAUCUACAUGGCGAUAUGAAAAAACCUAGUUCUGAAGAUCUGCCUUCUAGUUUUAGAGGAUUAAAAGCAAUAGUAGUUGAUGAGAAACCGGUUAGAGCUGCCAUAACCAGGUACCAUUUAAAGAGACUUGGUAUUGUGGUGGAAGUUGCUAGUAACAUCAAGAACACCAUUGCCAUGUGCGGAAAAAAUGGUUCCUUGACAUCUCGAAACUUCCAGCCAGAUUUAAUUCUAGUAGAGAAGGAUUCAUGGAUGUCUGGUGAGGAAGGUGGUCUGAAUGUUCACCUAUUAGACUGGAAACAGAGCGCGAAUAUGUUUCAGUUGCCUAAGAUGAUUCUUCUUGCAACCAAUAUCAGUGAUGCUGAAUUCGAUAAUGCAAAGUCAGCAGGUUUUGCAGAUACUGUGAUCAUGAAACCUUUGAGGGCAAGUAUGGUUGCUGCAUGUCUUCAACAGGUGCUGGGGAUAGGGAAGAAGAGGCAGCAGGGGAAAGACAUUUCUAAUGGAUCUUUCCUUCAGAGCCUGCUUUUUGGGAAGAAAAUUUUAGUGGUUGAUGACAACAGGGUUAACCGCAGGGUUGCUGCAGGUGCGCUGAAGAAGUUUGGAGCUGAUGUGGAGUGUGCUGAGAGUGGCAAAGCUGCUCUGGCAUUACUUCAACUUCCACAUAAUUUUGAUGCAUGCUUCAUGGAUAUUCAAAUGCCAGAGAUGGAUGGUUUUGAGGCCACCCGUCGAAUACGCCUAAUGGAGACCAACGCAAAUGAGCUAGUGAACGGUGGAGCCACAGAUGAAGGCAUUAUUGGAAAGAGAGAGUGGCAUGUGCCAAUAUUGGCAAUGACAGCCGACGUGAUUCACGCCACGUAUGAUGAGUGCCUGAAAUGUGGGAUGGAUGGAUAUGUCUCUAAGCCAUUUGAGGAGGAGAAUCUUUACCAGGCAGUUGCAAAGUUCUUCAAAUCCAAACCAAUGCGAAACUUAUAACAAGAACUUCCGCUUGUGUGAAAUGGCAAACCUAACGUGGCAACACAUUUGUGGGAUGAAAGGUACCAGAAAUGACAGAUAAAAAAAAAAAGGUACCAGAAAUUGAAAUAUUGCUGGUAUUCUGUUUUAGUGCAGAUAGCAGCAACAGCUGGUGUCAUUGAAUGUUGAAAGAUACUCAACCACACAAUUGUUUACAGGUUUGGCCACUUAUUUCUAACCAUUUCCAAUUUAACAUGAUUAGAUUUCGAGUAUGUGUAUACUGUUACAAAAUUCUCCAGCCUCUCCCCCCCCAUGUAUGUAUAGAUCCUUAACGGGGAAGGAGCGAAAUUGUGUAAAUCAUAUAUUUUUGUACGCACUCCCUGGAACUUCACUUUGAGAAGGGGUCGUCUCAAUACCUUGAUUUGUAUAAUUGUCUCUUUGUACAAGACUUUUGGACGAUGAACAUUUUGUACGUUGAGAAAGAAAAAAACAAUAUUAUUGAAUCCA